UACAAGAAACCGGAUCUCGAUCUGGUACGCAAACUCGCUUAAACAGGACCAUCGGUAAGGAAAAGUGGGCCUUAUCCCAAAAUCUGGCGAAGGAAACCCGCGAACUGACGAGGGCCCAGGAGCCCAGGUCUUACACAACCACUCUUCUUCUCUUCUCGACUCGAGGUCUUUAAAAAUCAAAAUAAACCAAUAAAUAAACAAAAUAAAGCAACGGAAUAAAAAUAAAAAUAAAAAUAAAAAUAGGAGAAGAGGAAGGAAGAUUAUUUUAGAUUAGACUAGUGGAGAAGAGGUAAGGUAUAAAGGAAGGUGACAUAGCCGACGCUACCAAACGAAGCAAAUGCGACAGACACUUGUGAACUGGUUGGGGUGCUGGGACCCCCAAACUCCCAUUCCUCCUCACUUCUUCUUCUUCUUCUCCUCUUCCUAGUCCUAACCAUUACCAUUUUACCAAUAUCCCAUUUUUCCCAUUUCACCCAAAACAAAUUUCAUAAACCUCGCUGAGGAGGAGAGGACCCAUGUCUAUGGCUGCAGCCGCUGCCACUGCUGGAGCCUUCAAGGCCACCACCCCCACCAACGAGAGCAGUGCCAGUGGUAACAGCGCAGACAACCCAAUGGAGAGGAACACCUACUGGUGCCACGAGUGCGAUAUGAGUGUCUCUCUCUCUCCCUCCUCUGACUCCGAACAACCCCUUCUCUGCCCACAAUGCUUCGGUGACUUUCUCGAGCUCAUGGAUUCUUCCUCUCCACCCAAUCAUUCCUUUCCACCCCCCUUUCCGUCCCUUCUCGAAGACAACUACCUCCACCGCCUAAUCCAUCACCUAACCACUCGUUCUUCCUCCUCAGAAGACUUCGAUGAAGAUGAGUCCUCCUCUGACCCAUCUGCGCCUCUCCCAGCCUCGAAAUCUUCCAUUGACGCAAUACCCACCAUUAGAGUCGACGAAUCUCUUCUCAACGAUGACCCUCUUUUGCUAUGCGCCGUCUGCAAGGACCAGUUCGAGCUUGGCAUUGAGGCCAAGAAGCUUCCCUGUAAGCAUCUCUACCAUCCUGACUGCAUUCUUCCCUGGCUCGCUCACCAUAAUUCCUGCCCCGUUUGUCGGUUCCGGUUGCCGGCAGAGCAAGCCAAUCGGGACUCUUUUGGAUCCUCGGAAGGGGUUUUGAGGUUAGAGGACUUGAUGACGGGAGAUGAGGACUGGUUUGAUUACGCUAGUACUUUGAGGUAUAUUGCUAGGAGGCAUGAUCUUCUGUUUUCCGCUGGCAAUGGUGGUAGCGGUGGCGUUCAGGGCUCGUUCUCUUCACACCCGAUUUCGGAUGUGGAGACAGAGAUCGAGACUGAGAUGGAAACGGUAUCCGGCUGUCCAAUUGCGGGUAGAGCUCGUAUAAAUGGCGAAGAUGGUGGAUUGGGUCUAAUUGGGGAGGUCAGUGAGGAAGAUGCUGCCCUUUCUGAAGAUUUGAGGUAAAUGUAGGUAGAACAUGCGUGUGUAGAGGAAUGUUGUGAGAAUUGAGAUGUGUGACCAUAGAUUUUCUCAAUUGUAAAUCGGGAGCUGAUGUUUGUUAUGAAAUGUAUGUAUGUAUAUCUUCUUACAAUUUGAUUGGCAUAGUGCUGAUUGUCUAAGUCGGCAAUGCUAUGUUAUGUAUCGCAUUUCUGCAUUUACUCUUUUUCAAUCCAAAUCCACAGAAAUUAAUAAUAAGAAUAAUAAAAAUAAUGAUUAGAAUAGUCAAAAAUGUCUGUAUAAGAAUUAUGUAGAGACCUAUUGUCCUAUUCUGUGUAGUAAAUAUGAUACUUUCCAAUUAUUAAACAAAUUUUUAUUUCCGUAC